UUUUUCCUGAUGUUCAAAGAGAUGAUCCUCAUAGCGGACCCGGUGAAGCCAUUCGAAUUCACUCCGAAGGGUACACCUCGUAGGCAAGCGACUCUGGAAGCGUACGCCGAAGAAAUCGAGGCUGCCUAUGUCUCGGUGAAGAGCUCUUCCCAGACCCACCUUUUACCUCCGUUGAAAUGGGAUUCGGAGACCAGCUUGGAGUUCGUGCAGAAAGUGGUGGGAAAGGUUCUGAAAAGUAACGUUCCUGAUGAUGGGGACCUUUUCCAGUACGGAUGUGAUAGUCUACAAGCAACUUGGAUCCGUAAUACGAUUCUACAUGCACUCCGGACAUCGUCUUCAAUCAACACUCGCGAGAUUGGCCACGGCUUUGUCUACCAACACCCUUCGAUUAAAUCACUUGCCAAUUUUCUUGUCGAUGUAGCGCGGGGUUCUUAUGAGCGUAACUCGGAGGAUAAUACCGCCGCUAUGCUGAAGCUGGUUGAGAGAACUUCCGGUGGUCUCCCGAGGGAGACUUUCGCUAAGCCAUCGAGUGGCGAGUCGGAGGUUGUCCUCGCUACAGGGACUACUGGAACCUUUGGUUGUUAUAUCCUGGCUUCUUUACUCUGUUCGAGCCGAGUCAGUAAGGUAUAUGCUAUCGUUCGCAAGACCUCGAACGACAUCAAAUCGCGCCAGAAGGAAGCAUUUGUUGCUAGACGUCUGGAUGUUUCUUUAUUGGACUCUCCCAAGCUAGUGCUGUUGGAGGGGGAUACGACAGCCGACAAUUUCGGUCUCAACUCAGAGGUGUAUAAGGAACUUCAGGAUACCAUAACUUCGAUCUUUGAUAACGCCUGGAUGGUCGACUUCAAUGUGUCUCUGUCGACUCUCAAACCUUUCGUGUGGGGCACUCGCAAGUUGGUCGAUCUAGCUUUGACAUCGAAGGUUCUACCCUGUUUUAUUUUCGUGAGCUCAGCUGGAGUGGCCCGAAAUAUCCCUGUUGGCGAGGAAUCUUUCCUGCCUGAUCCCAAGGUGGCGGCUGGGUGGGGAUACGCCGAAUCGAAAUGGUGUGCGGAGGCUCUCCUCCAAAAGGUAGGUGAGGAGACACCUCUCAAGCCUAUUGUUGUUCGAUGUGGACAACUAUCCGGUGCGCGAGGGAAACCCGACCACGGUCACGGAGGGUUUUGGAAGAUCGAUGAAUGGUUCCCGACCUUGGUGAAGUGUAGCACCAAGAUUGGUCUCUUGCCAGAUGUGCCAGGGAAAGUCUCGUGGAUUCCUAUCGAUGUAGCAGCCCAAGUUGUUGUCGAACUUGGGUUUCGUCGUUUGGAUAGGUCAAGCACUGAAUUUUUUAAUAUAGCACAUUCUCGACCUGUGCCAGCGAUGCGGAUAAUGAAGCCCUUGAAGGAUGUACUGGGGUUGGAGUUGGUUCCCUACGCACAAUGGUUCAAGACACUUGAAGCGUCUAUCGAAGCAGAUGCAGCAUCGGAAGCUGAUCAACAUGUUGUUGCACGACUGUUGGAGUUUUUCAGGUCGAUGCAGAUGGGGAUUUCUGAGAGGGAUAGUGAAGCGUUUGGGUUCCCGGAGAUUGUUACGGGUAAGAGAGAGAAAUUGUUGGCCGGGGUUUUUGAGUUGGAGGGUGAGUUGGGUGAAAAGGAUAUUGAGGCGUGGAUUCGGGAAUGGCGUUUGCAGGGUUUGCUUUCUUAG